AUGAUUUUAAUCGGUAAUCAAGCUCUUGUUUUUAUUCAAACAACAUUAGUUGGUGAAAUUUAUCCAUUUGGUGGUCGUCUCUCAGCUGAAAUGGCACAUUUUGGACGUAAUGAAAUAGUUGAUUUUCUUUCUUAUUUACAUCCACGUCGUACUGGUGGUUUACUUUAUAAUAAUUUACGUACAUUACUUCAUUUUAAUACUCGAGAUUUUUUCAAUUUAUUAACAAUGGCAUUUGAUAAUAAUGAAUUUUUAAAUGAUAUUGAUACAAUAAAACGACGAGCAUUUUGUGACAUAUUAUUACGUGUUAUGGUUGAUGAUGUACAAUUUUCAUCUCAUCAAAUAAGUAUUUUAUUUAAUUUUCUAUCAAGACAAUUAGCUAAAGCUGGACAACAACAUAUAUUUGUUCAAGGAAUGUUAUUUGAACAGUAUUAUUUAUAG